ACCUGACUGACGCCUCACCCUCGCCUCGCACCAGCGAAACACGGCUACCUUCCUUCGCUCGCUCGCUACACCCCCCACUCCCGCAACGCCGCGUUUGUGUUUGUCCCUACAAAACCGCAACACCCCCGAGAAUCCAAGUAGCUUCCUACUGCAAGAGGUCAUCGUCAACGUCGCGUCAAUAUGAAGUACCAAGCACUAGCUCUCCUCGCCACCGCGGCCUCUGCGGUCGCCCAGGGCGUCACCGACAAGAUUUCGCCCAAGGAGUCGGCGCCCGACGGAUGCCAACCCAGCGUCGACGGCAAGUUCGAGAUCGCCAUUGUCGAGACGGGAUCCAAAUCCAAGCGAGAUAGCUUCUUCCAGAAGCGCGCCAGCUGCUCCGGCGACGGCAUCCUCGUUGCGGGGCUCUCGGACGGCGUCAUCAGCGACGCGCAGGGUCGGAUCGGCUACAUCGCGAGCAACUACCAGUUCCAGUUCGACGGCCCCCCGCAGGCGGGCGCCAUCUACACGGCCGGCUUCUCCAAGUGCGGCAACGGCACGCUGGCCCUCGGCGGCUCGACCUCCUUCUACCAGUGCGCCUCGGGCAACUUCUACAACCUGUACGACCGCUACUGGGCCGCCCAGUGCUCGCUCGUCGAGAUCCUGGUCAUGCCCUGCGGAGGCGAGGAUUCCGCCGCGGGCAAUGCUGGUGUGAUUGUCGGUACCUCGAUCGUCGAGACCACUGUCGUCGUGCCUCUGGCGUCGGCGCCUUUUGGUUCCUCUGAGCGACAACGCUCGAGUAGUUUGAUUGGGGGGUGGGAGCUGCUCUUACCGAGGCCAUUUUAACGCCAUUCAACAGAAGCGACUUUUUUCCGAGGUUGGAUCUGGAUAAUGGGAGGUUUUCGGGCGAGGCGCGUAUACGCCGUCAGCGAUAGCUUUUUGCAGACGCAAAAACGCACACAUCUCGGGAGCGACGCUUAGGAUUUUCUUCUGUCAUUUUUCUUUCUGGGUCAUUCAGGG